AACGUAUUAAGUUGUAUAAAAGUAUUAUAGUAAUUUUAAUUAAAAAACAUGUCGGACAGCAGCAUAAUGAGUGUAAGAGAAUUGAUUGACUCUGCGUUUGGCGAACGCGAGACUAAUACCAUCCACUUCAAACUUAUUCAAACUAUUUUAUUCAUUCUUGCAAGACAAUUAAGAUUGCUCGAGAGACGCGUGAGCUUGGUUGCACCGAUGCUUGUUCCAUCGGAAUCAAGCUUGUCUAUAAGAGAAGUAAAAAUAAAAGCCAAUGUUAAAAAGAAGAAGAGAAUGCAAUCACCAUCUGGUAAAGGAAGCGUUAAAAAAAUCUUAUUGAAAUCAUCUUCUACCAAAACUCAGCCUGCUGGAGUAAAAAGUAUUAGUGGCCAAUUAACGAGUUCAAAAAUGCCAAUGUCAUCAACUAAACUAUCCUCCGAACUCACUACUACAUCGUCUACUAAAACGUCCUCGGAUCCCACUAAGACUUCUUCCAGUAAAACGACUUCAGAUCCCACGAAAACUUCUACGAGCAAAACUACUUCUGAACCCACAGAGUCAUCUUCUAGUAAAACGACUACAGACCCCACUAAAACCUCUUCAAGCAAAACCACGUCUGAUCCCACACAGUCAUCAUCCAGUAAAACGACUUCAGACCCUACGAAGUCUUCUUCAAGCAAAACCACUUCUGAUCCCACGCAGUCAACGUCAAGUAAAUCUACCUCUGACCCUACGAAAUCUUCAUCUAGCAAAACAACUUCGGAUCCAACGCAAUCAUCAUCAAGCAAAACUACUUCUGAUCCCACUAAAACUUCAUCUGACAAAACUACCUCAGAUCCAACUCAGUCCUCAUCAAGCAAAACUACUUCUGAUCCAACUCAAUCCUCAUCAACCAAAACCACUUCCGAUCCAACUCAAACCUCAUCAAGCAAAACCUCUUCCAAUCCAACUAAAACCACUACAACUACUAAAAGUAGUACAGAGCCAUCUUCUUCUUUAAAGACGUCGACGGAAAAAUCAUCUUCCUCCAGAACCAAAUCAACUUCAAAAUCUACCUCAAGUGAAGAUAAAAGAGGGAAGAGAGCUGAUUCACACGAAGAAGGCAUCAAAUCCCCUGCCCCAAUGGCUUCCUUAGAUACAAUGGAAGUUCAAUAUGAAAAACUAUUAGUUGUUGAACGUGUACCUCCGGAUGAAUCCAAAGCUCGAGGAAGAGGUAAUAUUGUUUACAACCAUUUAUAAAAAAUAAAGUGGAGAAAUUAAUUAAAUUGUAUUUAUAUAGGAAGACAAAGAAAAUCGUCUGGAAUUUCUGUAGUAACUCAAGGGCAGUUCGAAGAAUUAGCUGCAGCUGUACGUGAGAUCCAAUAUAAAUUUGGUGCUACGGGAAAAGCUGAAUUUCUUGAAAAUGCUGAACUCAUGCAAGAGCUAAGACGUGGGGCUUCUUUAACUGAUGCAAUGGCUGCGCUCCAACUAUCGGCGCGUUUAGAAGCUGCAGAGAAAACUCUGCAGCACAUGAUUUCACUUGUAACUGAUUUGGCGGCAAGAAAAGGAGUCAAUUUAGAUUUUACCGAUAACCAGAUACUAGAAACUCAGCAAGUGUCUGAAAAACCGUCACAAACAUCAGCAACAAAAUCUACUAAAUCUUCUAAAUCGUCUAAAUCUGGAAAAUCUGGAAAAUAUGAAAAAUCUGGAGAACCAUCGACGCGGCCAUCGGUGGUUAUAUCAACUACAACGAUGCCGUUACCAGAAUCAACAGUAGAUGAGCAAGAAACAAUACCUCCAAUAUCUGCAGAAGAAGCAAUAGAAAUUGAAUUGAAACAGUCCAAGUUAAAACAAAAUCUGAUUACGUCUGAAGAUCUCGAAAAUGCAUUGAAAGAGUUAAGUGAUGGAAUAUUAAAGGCUGUGGGUAAUAUUACUACAAAAACUGUAUCGAACGCUGAGCAAGCUUAUAAAACUGCGAGCAAAAUAGAAGGGAAAUUAAAUAAAGCUCUAGACCUUGGAGAUCGUAUGGAUGAAUUAGAAUCAAUUGUAUCAAAAUAUGUAGAACAAAUCAACAUCAUGGAUACUAACCUCUCAUCACAAAUGACGAACUACCAAGAGCAAUUAACACAAAUGCAGCAUGAUCUAGAAUCCGGACUGGAAACUAUGGCCGAAUCAAUGGCUAACUCGGGUGGCGAUACUGUGGCCGUUGCAGAGUUAAAUGCCCAUUUCACUGAUUUACAAGUUGACUUCGAUAACACUCACACGAAACAAAAAGAGUUGCAAGAAUAUCAGGACUCUAUAGCUUUGGAUUUACAAGGAUUGUUAAAGCAAAUAGAGAUGCUUCGUGAAACAAAAUCGGAUCGAGAUGAAGUUGCUGAUGCACUUCGUGAUAAAGCUGGCCUCGGGGCUUUGAAUGGUCUUGUUACUUUACAACAGUUUAACGCUGUGCGUGGAGACUUUGAGAAACGAAUCGGUGCAGCUUACGAUAAAUUCAAUAAUCAAGAGAUUAUUUGGCAAAAAGCCAUAGACGAUUUGCUUCGUGAGCUUCAUGAAAAAGCUGACAUAGUCCAAGUAAUGAGUUUACGCGAUGACAUACAGAAUAACUUAGACAAACUUGCAAAUAGAAUUCGUUUGAUGUUGGAUAUCGUAGGAGAACCGCGUUCAGCUGCAGUCUCUAGAAAACUGUUUCGUGAUUCGAACUGUUUAUCUUGCUCGACCCCUGCUAAUAUGAAUAUUGAGGAAGCUAACAAAAUACCUAUGCUUCCUGGAUUUAAAACUAAACGGCCUCCUACAAUUGGCGCUGAAGACGAAUCAAAACCAAAGGAAAGCGGAGACUAUAUUUGCUAUCCUGGUCAACCAGUACGCCACCCGAUAGAUGAAAGGGCCCAUAUGUGCCGUCGUUACUGUGGAGGAUCUCAUACAAUGGUUCCCUCUUCUACCUUACCUAGAGGACCAACAGGGAUGAUAAUAACUAAUAUGCCUCAUAGUACAUCUACAGGUCUGGGAACUGAUGGAAAGGUUUAUCAGGUUGAUGAAAAUGUGAAAAAACCUUGCAUUCCUUGUAAUAAAUCAAAAAGUUACAUGAAGAUGCCUGAACCAUCAGAAGCGGAUACAGCACCGCGUGAGGGAUCCGAUAUGCUGCCUUGGGAUUAUCAACAAUUUGCUCAAGCGGAAGGGAAUAUUGAUGUAACACCACCACCACCGUCGGAGGGAUUUGAUUAAAUUUAUAUAAUAUCUAUACACUUUUAUAAUAAAUUUACCAUAUCUUAAUAUUAUUUUUGUGACCUCAAACUAAUGUAUUAUUUAUUUUUGAUCACACACGAGAUCAAAAACAAAGUCCCUGAUUUUAAAGUCAAAUAUGUCACGUCCAUGUCCGAGUGAAAGCAUUCCAUUUGUGUCACAAAUUUUACAUUUUAUGAUAUUGAACAUUAUGGAUAAUGUUGCCAUAUUUUGAUCACUGUGAAAAUAUGGCAAAAAUAAUCUUAUCUUAAUAUAUAUAAAUCUCCUGUCACAAUGUUUGUCCGCGAUAGACUCCUAAAGUACUUAACCAAUUUUAAAUUAAAGUAGAUGCUUUGUUCGUACAUAUAUUCUCAUCCAUUCUCCAGUUAAG